GUGGUUUCUGAAAAGUGAUUGCAUUGGAAAAUGGUGCAACUGGCUGGAAGAAAGUAACUAUUGGAAUUUCGGCAUCCAUUCUUCAAAAUGGAGGAAACCAGCCUUCUGCAAAAUAUCAAGCACAAGGUGCCAACAAUGAAAAUUGAGGAUGUCAGAAUCUACCCUAACGUGCUCCAGAGAAUGAUGGCUGAAGUACAAGAGAUGAGAGAGAAGCAGAGCAACAUGGAUGCCAAAUUUGCAGAACUGAAGAAGUGCUUAUUAUUAUCAAGAUUUCCAGUGCUUAUUUCCAAAGUUUUUAAGUUUGAUUGCCUCUGAGUUUAGAAACUGAACUCUUGUUUUCCAUGGCACAUUAGUGAGUUUUACUUCUUUUAAGUAAAACCACAGCAGUGAAUCAAAUGCUUUAGUGCUUGGACUGCUGUUCAUGUUCCAAUGACUUGGAUCAUAUAACUCUGGCUGACUAGUAGACCACUGUAUAAAUCAGAAAUGAAGUCAUCAGCAUCCAAGACAGCCAUUCAGGUAUGAAUAAUAUAGCAGAUGGCUGUUUCUAUUUGACACUACAAAAAGAGAAAAGGAUGUUAAAUGCAUAGGUUCUGAAUUUAAGUACUCUAAUCUACAUUCCUGGCUUAUUUGCUAAUUCUUAGUAGCUUCAAGGAUAAUCUAUGAUUCCUUUCUCUGAAGAUGUUUUUUAAUUUUGUCUAUAAAAUGGAUACUUUAACAUAUUUUUCAGUGCUUUAUAAAGAACUAUAUAGUGCAUAAUACAGCAUACAAUGGCUCUAACAUUAAGGUAGUUGCUCAGGCAGUAGCAUUCAAAGGCGAAAUUUAUUUUUUUCAACUUUUAUUUUAGAUUCAGGGGGAUACAUGUGCAGGAUUGUUACUCGGGUAUAUUGUGUGAGGCUAAGGUGUAGGGUAUGAAUGAUCCCAUCACUCAGGCACUGAGUAUAGUACCCAGUAGUUAGUUGGGUUUGUUUUUUCUAUUUUAAUUUUUAUUGAGUAAUACUCUCCAGUUAAAGAGCAUACAUUUAAGGUUUACAACAUGAUAAUUUGGUAUACACACACACGUUUUAAAAUUAUCCUAAUGAAGCUAAUUAAUCCUUCUAAUUCAUAAACUUGGAAUAUCAUUCCAUUUAUCUGCAUUGUCUUUAAUGUCCUUAUUUACAUAUAUAUACACACACAUAUAUACGUACAUAUAUACACACACAUAUAUGUACAUAUGUACAUAUAUACACACACACAUAUAUAUGUAUAUAUAUAUACACACACAUAUAUAUGUAUAUGUGUAUAUAUAUGUACAUAUACAUAUAUGUGUGUGUGUAUAUAUAUAUAUUUUACUGUAAGUUCUGGGAUACAUGUGCAGAACGUGCAGGUUUGUUACAUAGCUAUACAUGUACCAUGGUGGUUUGCUGCACCUAUUGACCUGUCCUCUAAGUUCCUUCCCCUCACCCUCCACCCCCAAACAGUCCCUGGUGUGUGUUGUUCCCCUCCCUGUGUCCAUGUAUUCUCAUUGUUAAACUCCCACUUAUGAGUGAGAACAUGCAGUGUUUUGUUUUCUGUUCCUGUAUUCGUUUGCUGAGGAUGAUGGCUUCCAGCUUCAUCCACGCUCCUGCAAAGGACAUGAUCUAAUUAAUUUGUAUGACUGCAUAGUAUUUCAUGGUGUAUGUGUAUCACAUUUUCUUUAUCCAAUAUAUUAUUGAUGGGCAUUUGGGUUAGUUCCAUGACAUUCAUAUUGUAAAUAAUGCUGCGAUAAACAUGUGUGUGCAUGUGUCUUUAUAGAAUGAUUUAUAUUCCUUUGAUUUAUAUUCUAAAUAAUGCUGCAAUAAACAUACGUGUGCAUG